AUGGGCUCUACAUCCAACGAUUGGCAGGAAAUCUCAAACCGAGCCCAACAGAAAGUCUGGAGUGAUAUCCCCGCCGAAUGGAAACUUCCCACGGACAGAUUGCCCGGUGACGAAGUGCGAGAUGUGACAAAUUUCCCGGCCCAGUCGGGGCUCUUAUCGAAAUUGGAAAUCGAAAUCACGGAUUCUUUUGCGGUGGAGAUUGUCGAGAGGAUUGCGAAGGGGGAAUGGAAAGCGGAGGAUGUUGCGAGGGCGUUUUGUAAGAGGGCUGCUAUUGCGCAUCAACUGGUGAGACCGAUCACAACGGACAGAGAACAGUCGGGAGUGGGGUGCUGAUGUUUUUUUCUUUUUGGGAUUGCCAGACGAAUUGCUUAACGGUGAUCAUGUUCGACGAUGCGAUCCAACGGGCGAAAGAACUGGAUGCGGAAUUUGCAAGGACUGGACGAGUUACCGGGCCCCUGCACGGUCUGCCGGUGUCGUUGAAGGAUAACUUCAACAUUCCCGGAUUUCCGAGUUCGGUGGGGUUCUGCAGUUGGGCGGAGGAGAUUAUGGAAGAGGAGAGUACGAUUGUGACGACGCUGAGGAAUCUGGGUGCCGUGGCUUAUGUCAAGACGAACGUUCCGACGGCUAUGAUGAUUGCUGAGACUGUGAAUAAUUGCUAUGGGAGGUGAGUUGAUCUUAUAUAUCGAGGAGAGUGUUUGUCGAGACUGACCGGAGUUGGAUUAAUUAGAACGACGAAUCCUCUGAACCGGGCGACUACGUCUGGUGGCUCUUCGGGUGGCGAGUCUGCGCUUAUUGCUCUGAGAGGCAGCCCCCUUGGUGUAGGCACCGAUAUUGGUGGCUCUCUUCGCAUCCCAGCAGCUUGCACGGGGAUCUACACCCUCCGGCCCUCCUAUGGUCGCUUCCCUCACUUCGAUGCCCGCAGUGGCCUCGCAGGCCAGGAAGCCGUCGCCAGCGUCCACGGUCCCAUGGGCCGUAGCGUAGCCGACAUCCGCCUCUUCGCGGAGCACGUCACCAACACCAGCCCCUGGCUCCAGGAUCCCAAAUGCAUCCCCUCCCUCUCCUGGCGAGAAGUCCAAAUCCCACCCAAACCGAAAAUCGCAGUCCUGUGGGACAACGGCCUCGUCACACCCCACGCACCCGUCACGCGCGCCCUCCGCGAAACCGUCUCCAAACUGCACUCCAAAGGCUACGACCUCAUCGACUGGCCCGCGACCGACCACGCCGAAGCCGUCGACCUCCUCGCCACCUUCUUCCUCGCCGACGGCGGGCUUUCCAUCCGCGAGAUCCUCGCUCCCACCGGCGAACCUUUCCGCCCGGAAAUGCAGCCCUACGAAGAAGCGACGGAACUGGGCGUCCACGCGCUCUGGAAGGCCCAGAAACAACGCACCGCUCUACAGAAACGCUACCUCGACCGCAUGGAAAGCUCCGGCAUCGACGCCAUUCUAGGGCCCACGACUCCGUAUGCCGGCGCGCCUAAGAGCGGCGAGUUUAAACAUGUGGGAUACACGGGUGUUUUUAAUAUCUUGGAUUACAGCUCCGUCAGUUUCCCCGUCCCGGACGUUUUUGUAGACGAGGAAAAAGACGGCGGCGCAGUGCAGGUCGAGGGGCAAUUUUAUGGCGAGGUGGAUGAGGAGGCUCAGAGGGCUUUUGAUGUAGAAGUUCAGAAUGGCUUGCCUAUUAGCUUGCAGUUGACUGGGAAGCGCUUGGAGGAGGAGAAGAUUUUGAGGUUGACUGAGCAGGUUGUGCGGGAUUUGAGAUAG